AUGGCAAUCAGCUCCCAACUUCCAAAUGAUAAGGAAUGGUCUUCGAAGGCUGAUUUGCCUCAAAUCACUCUUCGUUCCACUAUAACAGGGUUGAUUAUUGGUACGGUGAUUCUCAUUUCUAACUUUCAAUUUGGUCUGCAGACCGGAUGGGUUUCUAUGAUGUCUCUUCCAUCAGCUUUAUUAGGGUUUGCCGUUUUCAAGUCUCUUCAAAAGAGACUCAGUUUUGGGUUCACAGAUGUGGAAAAUGUAUUUGUACAAAGUGUGUCUGUGGCUGUCGCCACCGGUCCUUUGGCGUACGGAUUUAUUGGAAUUAUACCUGCGAUUGAGAAGUUUUUGACAAACGAGGAAAGUGGAUAUACAGAAGGCAUUGAUUUACAUCCCAUAUGGAAGUUAAUUGUCUGGUCUGCCGGUGUUGCCUUCUUUGGUGUGUUUUUUGCAAUCCCUCUCAGGAAGGAAUACGUUAUAAAGGAGAAUUUGCCAUUUCCCAGUGGGAGUGCCACCGCCACUCUUAUUUCAGUUUUUCAUGGAACUUCCUUGAAAAUCGAGCCCGCAUCUGCAUCAACCGAUGAGACUCCUAGCAGAGAUAUCGAAAGAGAAGAUACAAGUACAGAGGCUUCAUCAAAUGGACAGACAAGGCAAAAUAAAUCUCCUCUGCCUAUACGAUCUCUUGAAGCUGCAAGUAUUGACAGUUCAUUGAGCCAACCUUCUGAGACGGAGCGUUUGCUUGAUAGGAGUAUUGUUGAUGAGCCAAGACCAAUUGAAGAUGUAGAUGAUAACGAAGCGCGGAGUGUAUAUGAAGGCAUACGACCAUAUAGAAGUGAUAUGACCAUUAUAGAAUCACAGGACUUAUGCAGACUCACACAAAUCAGCGCGUAUCAUUCGAACUUAAAGCUCUUGAUUAAUACAUCUGCAGGAGCUGCUGCUUAUACUAUAGUUUCGUACUUCAUUCCGCAGAUUAGGGCCAUUCCUUUGUUUGGAAAUUACAUCUCCCACAGAUAUCUUAUAAAUUUUCAGCCAUCGCCCGCUUAUAUCGGUCAGGGAAUCAUUAUGGGCUUUGAAACUACCGCGUAUAUGCUAUUUGGAGCCAUUUUGGGAUGGUUUGUUUUGUCUCCACUUGCACAACAUGAAGGCUGGGCACCUGGCGAUAUUAAUGAUUGGAAGACAGGCUCUGAGGGCUGGAUCAUGUGGAUAAGUUUAAGUAUUAUGAUUAGUGACUCGGUCGUGUCCCUCGUUGUUGUCACUGUAAGGACACUCUUGCAUUUUGUUUCUUCUGUUUGCAACCCAGAAAAGGAAUUGGCAACUCAAGCAGCUCGCAAUAUAUCACAACCUAUAGAAUCUUCUGAGCAAUUCUCAUCUUUCGUUGAGCCGACUCACACAGAUACUAACCACAGCAUGAAUAAAGGCAGUGACAACGACUCGACAGAAACAACACAAAGUUUUCAAAUGCUUCGAGAUGUAUCCAAGAAGCAUCUGGUUCCAAAUGUUUGGGUCUCUUGUGGUCUCACAUUUUCAUGCAUAUUGUGUGUCUUUUCGACCCGCGCCGUUUUUGGAACUGUCAUCCCGAUUUACGCUAUUGUGAUAUCGGUCAUCAUGAGUUUAUUUCUUUCUAUUCUUGGUGUGAAAGCAUUGGGUGAAACCGAUCUUAACCCCGUCAGUGGAAUUGGAAAAUUAUCGCAACUUAUAUGCGCCCUGUGCGUUCCAAAAAAUACCAGAGGUUCGAUUCUUAUUAAUUUGAUUAGCGGUGCGAUUUCAGAAGCUACCACACAACAAGCAGGUGAUUUGAUGCAGGACCUUAAGACAGGCUAUUUAUUGGGUGCCUCUCCGAGGGCCCAGUUUGCAGCACAGAUAUACGGAUCGAUAUUUUCGAUAUUCAUGAGUUCUCUAAUGUACAAGGUAUACACAAGUCUUUACCAAAUUCCAGGUAAGCUGUUUAAAAUACCAACAGCAGUGAUAUGGAUCGAUUGUGCCAGAUUGGUGAGCGGUACUGGAUUACCGCCGAAAGUACUGGAGUUUUCGGUAUUUUUUGGAAUCUUGUUUGGUACGAUAUCAUUACUUAAAAAUCUCAUCACGGACAAACACAACUGGUAUUAUAAAUAUUUAAAGUUUCUCCCAGAUGGUGUGCCAGUUGGUAUUGGCAUAUAUAAUGUGCCAUCAUUUACAUUUGCACGGUUUAUUGGAGGGUUCAUCUCGUAUUACUAUCUUAAAUGUGUGGGAGAUUGUAAACAUUGCAGGGAUGGAAGGGUGAGAAUGAUUAUUUUCAGCAGUGGAUUAGUUUUGGGAGAAGGACUUUUCAGCGUUGUAAAUAUGAUUCUCUUUUCGUUGAACGUGCCGCAUUUGUGA